CCCAACCCUCAGAGUGUAUUUGGAGAUUGGGCCUUAAAACUGGCAAUUAAGGGGAUUUUUAAGGACCAGACUUGAAGAAUGAGUGCCACUGAUCCCUCCAAAUGGAAUAAGUCCUUGAAUUGAUGAACCCUAUCAUAAAACAGAUUUGGCAAUCCAAAUCCAUGGGCAAGGGAGAGUAGGAAGAGAGUGUGGCUCCAGAAGGCUACCGUGGAUGCUGGGGAACCACUGCUUGGCUUUGCCCGCUUAGUGCUUGGACUGUCUGCGAGUGAAAACCCAGAGAAAGGCACCUGGCAACUGAGUUAUUGACAAUGCAGCCACUGGAAUCAGUGACAUUUGAAGAUGUAGUUGUAGACUUCACCAAGGAAGAGUGGGCCCUGCUGGACAUAUCCCAGCGAAAGCUGUUCAGGGAUGUCAUGCUGGAAAAUAUACGUCAUCUGGUCUCCCUGGGAUAUCAGCAUUGCAAAUCAGAUGUGAUUUUCCCGUUGGAGCAAGGAGAAGAGCUGUGGAGAGAAGGAACUGGAUUUCUCCAAGGCCAGAGUUCAGGCAGGGAAAGUGCCCUUAAAGAACAAGAAUUGAUAGCCACACAACAUAUCAGCAGGAAGGACACAUCUACAAUCAUGCCAGUGCAGAAAUCUCAUACUCCAGAGGAUCCCUUUGAAUAUAAUGCUUUGGAAGAAGAUUUCACUCAUACCUUCAUGUUGACUCAGCAUUUGUUAACUCACACAGAAAAGACACCUUAUAUCAGUAAACAGUGUCCAAAAUCCCUUAGUGACCAGUCGUACCUUAAUCAACAUAAGCAAAUUCACACCAGAGGUAAAUCAUGUGAGUGUCAUCUGUGUGGAAAAGCCUUUAGUAAUUGCUCGAGCCUUAGGAGACAUGAGAUGACUCACACUGGAGAGAAACCAUAUGAAUGCCAUAUCUGUGGGAAUGCCUUUAUUCAAAGCUCUGACCUUAGAAAACACAAUCUAACUCACACUGGAGAGAAACCAUAUGAAUGUCAUCUAUGUGGGAAAGCCUUCAGUCAGUCCUCCAACCUCAGACAGCACGAGAGAACGCACACUGGAGAGCAGCCAUAUGAAUGUCAUCUAUGUGGGAAAGCCUUCAGUAAAUGCUCUGCCCUUCGACGACAUGAGAGAACUCACACUGGAGAAAAACCAUACGAAUGUCAUCUUUGUGGGAAAUCCUUCAGUCAGUGUUCUGCUCUUAGACGACACGAGGGAACCCACAAUGGAGAGAAAAUUAUGAACAUCUUCAGUAAAUAUUCUGACCUUAGAUAACAUGAUAUUAAAAAUGUAACGGAUGUGGGCGAGACUUCAACCACAGCUUUUAACAUUUAAACACACCAGAGGACUUGAACAUUGAAGAAACUCUAAUCAGUGUAGAAGAUCCUUUAGUCAUUCUUACUCAUUUGACGUCCACAAACUUACAUGGAAGAAGUCCCUAUAUGUGACAUCUACGCAGCAAACCCACAGCAGACAUGAGAGAACUCACUCUGUGAACAUAAGGAAUGGAGAGGCUUCAGCAACGGUUCUCAACUUUAAACACAUUAUCGGGCCUGCACAGGGGAAAGCCCCUAGGUCUGUAAUCACUGUGAACAGUAUGCAGCCAGGCACUAGGCAUGGUGCGCACAAGAAAACUCAGUGAAGUCUGAAUAAACACUAACACAAGAUGUAAGAGGAUGAAUGCUCUUGAGGAAUAACAAUUCGUAUAUGUAGUGAAAAAUCAUGAGAAACCCUUUGUUCAUAGAGAAGCAUUUAGGGCACAUGUGAGGAUUCAGACCGUACACAUCACUCAGUGUCGGUGAUCACGUAUUUCUCAGCCAACGUUAAAGUUCUUACAUGAGAUGGCAGUCGUAAAAUCACAGUGGAGAGAACUUCACACAGAUUUUGUAUCAGGAAACUAAGUCUAGGGAAAAACCUCUAAAAUUAGAGCCUUUAACACAGUGUAGCCAAUAAUUCAGGAUUUUGAGAAAAAUAACUACUCAUGGGGAAAAUGUGGCAUAUAAAUGCAAAAAAGUGAUCCAUGCAUAUUGAAUACAGUUUUGUAAGAGAUACUUUUUCAAUACGUUAUUUCCUGUAAAUAUUUAAACAAUA